CGUUUGCUGGUUAUUUAUCAUUACGGGAAAACCUAGGGCAAAAUCAAGGUGUUGCUAAGGCGUAAGCAUACUGGGACCCUUUCCGAGAGAACCAGUUCAGCGUACAGAUUUGCAACAUUAGCUCACUUGCUUGUGCCUAGUAAGGAUGUCCGAAAUGAUUCGAACGAUCGCGAUAGUCUUGUUGGUUUUUCCGACUUUAGUUUUUCCUGCGGUUGUAAAUCAAAAUGCCACGACAUUUGGCCAAGAAAGUACAGUGCGUCCCGUCGACUCAACAAUUAUUAACACAGUCCAUAGUAGAAACUCCAGCAGAGCUUAUCCAAAAGUAUGGUUGGCCAAUCUACUCUAUGAAACGCUAGUGAAUUUUACGGUUAGAGAUGUGGGCAAUACAGCUUGUCGAAAACAAACAGAGAUGUACAUUAGGCAUUUACAAAAUGCAUCAUACUGGGCCGUUAAAAUGUCCGAUUCAUGGCCCAGGUAUCUAAACGGAUUAUUAAUAGGCUCUUCAGUUCACAUGGGUGUUUACGAUGAGUGUGUCAGUGUGCAUAGUCCAGUACAAGGAAAAUAUUGUAUAUCCCAAAUCAACAUACAAACGACGUCCGGCGAAGACUUCACGGCUUACAGUAAAGACGCUUACGAGAGCCAUGACCACGCGUGGCAAGAGAUUUUAGGGGGUGUAAAUUACGAUGAUCGUGUACUAAGAAACGAACUGAGGACUGGAAUUUGUAUACCUGGAUCGUGUACAGCUACUGACCUUCAAGUAUCAUUGCAAAAGGAACUUGACAAAAUGUUGAUGGCACAUCAAAUAAAAGCUCAAGUCAAAGUUGAUCCUAUGUUAUGUUCUAUAGACAAGGAUUUAUAUCCGUUUGAUACCGGAUACUAUUUGACCAAUAUAUUAAUUGGUUUGUUAGUGUUGAUUUGUUCUUUAUCGACCACAUACCAUAUGAUAAUAUUGAUUAAAACAGAAGAAGGAGAAAAACCAAAGAAAAUGCCAGAAUUAUUAAAUAUGUUUUCAUUUGUUAAAAAUGGAAGAGAUCUGAUUAAAUAUGACAGAAAUAAUCAUUUAAAUAUUUAUAAUGGUAUAAAAGUUCUAACGAUGAUCCUAGUAUUGUUUGGCCAUAAAUUUUUAUACUAUGUGAUUAAUCCAAUCUUAUACCCUGCAAUGUUAGAAGAGAUUUACACUAAAGGUCCAUUCUUUUUAUUAACUUGUAUGAACUUGGUAGACCCGUUUUUCUUUAUAACUGGUUACCUGAUGUACGUUAUGCUUAUUCCACAAUUUAGUAGAGCUAAAUGUAACUGGACGGAAGUACCGCAAGUUAUUAUUUACAAAUAUCUUAGAACAUUGCCAUCUUAUAUAAUGGUUAUGCUAUUGACGGCAUUUGUUAUCCCACACAUCGGAGAUGGGCCAUUCUGGGCAUACAAAAUGUGGCCUGAAGCAGAGAAAUGUAAAAACUAUUGGUGGGCUAAUUUGUUGGCUGUCAGUAAUUUUAUUCCAGUUGAAAACCAAUGUCUCAUAGCAGGAUGGUACAUAUCAUGUCUUCUACAGUUCCUUAUCAUUGGAACAGUGGUCAUGUAUAUUUAUGUCAAAAGGCAUAAACUCGGUACCAUUAUAAUAUUUGUUCUCUUCUGUACAUCAUUAAUAAUUCCAUUUGUCAUAACGUAUAACACCAAAUCGUAUGGAAUUAUUAAAGUGAUGGUAUCAUUCCUGAUGAACCCAGCCAACUCAUUUGAGUUUAAAAAUUUGUACAGACAAUUCUACUUGCGAGGUAUACCGUUUUACGCUGGUCUGUUAGCAGGUCUUAUAGCCGAUGCUUUGAAAAAAAGAGAAAUAAAAAUGUCUACGAAAGUUUCCUACUUUAUUACUGCAGUUAUAACGAUUAUUUGUUCGUAUGUUCAGAUGUAUGGAAAGGUAUUCUAUGUGAGGCACAGACCGUACAAUGCACUCGAACAGGCUAUUUACGCGGUUCUUAGUCAUUGCACAUGGACCACAAUAUUGUUUUGGAUCGCUAUCUGUCAUCAUACAUUUGCCUGCUUUGGUCCGAUUGAAAAAAUAUUUAAUAAUCGCUUUGUUGUGCCAUUGGGCAGACUGUCGUAUGCUGUAUAUUUAGUCAAUAUCACAGUAAUGAUGAUAAUAGAAAGUGAACAAAGGGCAGCUGUGGUACCAAGGAUAUCGAAUUUGCACGAUGGAUGGAUUGCUGGAGUAUUCAAAACAUAUGUUGUAGCAAUACUAGUAUACUUAUGUGUAGAAGCACCGUUUGGCUUGUUAAUAAAAAAAAUAUUAGUUGGAAGUAAAUCGUCACAGGACAGUUUAAAAAAUCAAAAAUGUAGUCAAAAAGAACCAAUUCAAAUUGCUCAGAACGAGAGAACCAAGUUAUGAUAAUAUAAUAUAAGCUGACAUUAUAUUCAAAGUAAAUAAUGUAAAAACGGUUUUUAAAUUUAAUUAACGUGUAAUCCUUACAUUAAUGAAUAUAGACUGAUUUAUUAAGAACAAGUUAUAAAAUAUGCCCACAGGAAUAUUAUAUAUAUUUUUAUGUUUUUUUGUUUUUAAUAAACAUGUAUUUUAGCUUCGAUGCGGAGCUGAAAUUGUUUUUACAAUGAUGUGUUUUUUAAAAAAAAUUUGUUUUGUGUCCGGACCCACGAUAUCUCAUAAGCCGCUAUAACUAGUUUGAACAUACUAUCCACAGAUUCGCAUCGAAGCGUUUAUUUAAAAGUGAUUUCAUCACUUUCAGUUAUAAUAAAUUGUGUAGAAUUGUGACCUCUCCGUCUCCACUAUACCCCGACCCCACUGUACUGGCUUUUUAUUUUAUUACGUUUUGUGUUAAUAAUUAUUUAUUGUAAAAUUCUGUCACGUCAAAAACACACAUCACAAGCUCCGUGUAAAAAUACUGAUAUAAUUGAACAAGUUUGGCGCCUACUGAUUUCAGUAUAGGCAAUAAUAUGUACUUUAUAAUGUAUACUUAAUGCUAAUAAUAUAUUGUCGCCUAGCUAAGUGAAAUUAUUUGCAAUAAUUUUAAAUUUGGUGUUAAUUAUAGUUAGUAUAUUAAAUCUGUAAAAAACUAAUAUUAUAUUUAUAAAUAAAUAAUUUAGGUAUAAAUUGUAUAUACUUAGCCUUUAAGACGAUAUAAAGCAGUCUGUUUUUCGACGUUUUAGACGAACCAUCCACUAUGUUGACAUUUUGACUACUUAGGAUGGUCCGAUGUCAAUUUAUUUAAUUAUUAAUUAUUGUGAACAAUAGUUUCUUUUUCGUGGAAUUUUUAGAUGUGGCUGAUGGUUUAAAUAAAUUAUGAUUUAUAUGAACAAA